AUGAUCCGUCUAACUCCAUCAAUUCUACGCUCUGGACAAAAGAUGCUACGUUUAUCUGUUCGGACACUGAUGCUACAAGAACAUCAUGGAAUGGCAAUACUUCAGAAAGAAGAUAUUAACGUUCCACCAUUUGGCGUUGCCAAGACGGCAGAGGAAGCCAGAGAGCAUGCAAAACGAAUAGGCGGUAAAGAUUAUGUAAUAAAAGCGCAAGUGCUGGCCGGUGGGCGAGGCAAAGGGCGGUUCGAUUCAGGUCUCCAGGGCGGAGUUCAAGUUGUUUUCACACCCGAUGAAGCGAUGGAGAAGGCGAGAAUGAUGAUUGGAGCUAACCUCAUCACAAAGCAAACAGAUCACCGUGGAAAGCUGUGCGAAGAGGUGCAAUCGUGCAAGUUACCACGGCUUCUGCUCGUGCUCGUUUGA